CAUUCAAAACUCUUGUAUGCAGGGUAAAGUUCAAGUGCCUUCAUGAAAUCAAUGGGACAUACAUGUUAUCUGUAUCCGGAAAUGGAAAUAAACCCCACCAGAGGGCAUACAUUUUUUUUUUUUUUUUUUUUUUUUUUUUAAGUUUCACAACUUUGAAUCACAGGAACAGACCUCAGAAGAAAAAAAAACUCUUGAAAUACAUUAAUAGAUUAAAACUUUGUGGCUACAAUAAAUCAAUUCUUCAUACAGUUGUAAAAAGUGAUCAAGGCCUAAGUGACCUUUGAGACCUGCCAAACCUCCAACUCUCAUAUCUGCAAAUAAUAAAGGUCUUUCACGUGAGUGAGGUUCGCAAACAACGCGACACAAAAAAAGGUCAGUGAUAUUGAUGAUUUUUAUUUGUUAAGAUUUUUUUGUGUGUGUGGCCAAUUUGACUAGUAUCUAAACAAUUAUUGGUGCAUUAAACAAUUUCUAACUUUCAUAGACAUGUUGUCCUUCAUUUCCUGGUUUGUGCCAAGCGUUCCUACGUGGCUAACACCAAGUGCUAUUCCUUUACACAGUGUUUUACAAGGGCUUGUGGGAGCUUGUGCGAUCUGGGUCCUUCGUAACCUUUUAAAAACGUACUUGUUUGUUGAGGCACAAAGUAUUGCAGAUCCUGAAACAGACCUUAUACAAAAGAACAGACUUAAUGGUGGACUAAAAGAGAAAAUCCAAUUCUGGAUCCUUGCGGUGGUUCUUUCGGUUGUGGGGUCCCGUGUUGCAUCACUGGUAGUUUUAGAGUUCUCCCUUAGAGCCAUUUCAGCACGGAUCACAGGAGGAUCAGACUCGAUCAUUGACCCAUUGUUACUGCAGCUUGUCCUGUGCCAGUUCUCUUUGGGCUGCGCACUAACCUGCAGCCUAAAUUUCCUCCAUGAGGGGGCACCGCAAGGCUGGCUAAGCCUCCUCCUUGCAGUUGGACUGAGCUGGUUCUUGGCUAGCCGAUGCAGCAAAGUAUGGCAUCAUAUAAAGACAAUGUAUCCAGUACAUAGCGCACAGCGCUAUUGUGGACUUUGCAUUGGACUCUUAACCACUGGCACUUCUAUAUUAACCUGGCUCUGCAGUGCCCUAAUUAUAACGUUUAGUGUAUCUGGAAUCGCUGCCAUAUCAAAUAUAAACACACACUUUCUGUCAACCACUGAGGCUCUACGAUUUUGGACCCCACUCACAAUCUGCUACACUCUACUGGUUGUGUAUAUGAAUGAGGAUCGCCAUCAACAGCCUGGCCAGCAGAUUCUCAAUACAGUUGUUGUGCGACUGGGUGGGCUUUUUGUGUUACUGAUUACAGUAGGCAGUUGGUCAGAUGUACUCCAUGUUCUAAUCUGUUUCAUUGGUGAAGCUGCGUGCCUGUUACCAUCUCAAGACCUUUUGGAAGCCAUAUAUCAGCAUGCCACCUACAUGCAGCCCAUUAAAAAGACCUGGAAACCGGGGAGAACAAAAUAAACUGGAAAAAUCUGA